AUGGGCGCGGACGGUGGUACGAUCGCGCGGCGCAACGAUCUUGUGCGUACGAAGAAGGCAGACGAAAAAGGCGACAAGGAAGAGCUGCGCCACUCGCUAUGGACUCAGUGCCGCCUUUCGAAACAAUCGCUCGACGUACCGGUCGUGGCCGACCGACUUGGUCAGCUGUACAAUAAGGAGGCUGUGCUGGAGUACAUGCUGCGCCGAGGCACGGAAGACGCGAGCAAUACAGAGCAUCAAGCUGCGCGCCAUCUGAAAGGGCUCAAGGACGUACACGCCGUGCAGCUCACGCCGAAUCCUGUGGCCAAGAAGGAGGAGGACAGUUUAUAUUAUGCGUUUGCUUGUCCACUCACACAACGUGUUAUGAAUGGAAUGCAUAAGUUUGUUUUUCUAUGGACGUGUGGCUGCGUGAUGAGCGAGACAGGCCUGCGGAAUACGACUGGACUGCACGGCCGUGCACAAAAAACAAAAGCACCGGUGCCAUGUCCCGUGUGUGGGACGCCUUUUACGCCAGAUGCUUUGUUUUCUGAAUACCCAAGUGUAGAGGACGAUAUGGUAUGGCUCUAUCCUGGCCUGGAAGUGCAAACAAGGCUGCGCGAGCAGCUUGCAUCGAAGCGCAAACGCAAAUUCAAAUCUGCCCCGUCUGCCACAGAAAGCGCAAAACGGCCAAGACCGCACCUAAAUGCAGAUGCACCAGGCACGCUUGCAGCCCACCAAGUUCGUGCAGCACAGACCAAGCACGCGCGCGAAGAGACCGAGGUCAUUGCGUCCGUGCACCGCAAAAAAAAGAACGAGGAUGUAUGGCUUGGGAAGCACGCAGCACAGCCAAAUGUACACUAA